AUAAGUCAUGCCACACUAUUUUUCUGUGAAAAGCGUUUGUUGCUAAUAUCUGCGCUCAUGCUGACCAGAGAAGCUGACGCUCUUCAGGUGAUUGGUGGAAGUGUGACAGUGGUUCAAGAAGGUACCGCUAUCUUAUCGUGCCAUGUCAUUGAUACCAAUGAUGACCUGACACAGAUUACCUGGCAGAGGAGGACAAGAGAAAAACCUCACAAUGACAAUUUCCUCACUAUCUUGCCCAGAGAUGGACUGCAGUUUGUCAAUGGAGGUGAUGCUCGUUUUAAAUAUAUCGGGAAUUUUAACAACAAAAAUGGAACUCUCCAGUUAUCCAAUGUUACCCUGAAGGAUGAAGGCAGCUACACGUGCAUCUUCACCUUAUUUCCCAGUGGAAAUCAAAAGACUGAGAUACCUCUAAACUUGCUUGUGCCUCCUUUCACAAACGUCCAGGACAAUCUUCCCACUUUGGGCACAGAAGAGGUUUUAUUUGCUACCUGCACGGCUGCUGGCUCGAAGCCUCCUGCUGAGGUGAGGUGGCUCACUGGUGCUUUGAGAGACAAAAUGAGGACGACAACAAACUCCACACAGUAUGACAACGGCACGACUACCACAGUCAGCUCUCUGUUUGGUUUACCUAUGAGAGAGAUUAAUGGUCACCAGGUCCAGUGUGUCAUCAGCAGUGACUCCCUGACUAAAGAAGAAACCCUGCCCUUCAACAUACAGAUCUACUUCUCUCCCACAGAAGUCAACAUUAGAGUGAUUACAGAAGACUCAUUUGAGUGUGUGACAGAAGCCAACCCCAAUGCAAACUUUACCUGGAGCAGAUCUGGCCAGGCUUUGCUGCAGUCUGCUGUCAAAGUAGAGGGUGCAAAGCUACAACUGCUGAGUCUGACCUCUGAUCUAAAUGGCCUCUAUCAGUGUGAAGCAUCUAACGCAUAUGGAAGUAAACAUGGUCAGCUCUUUGUGCAUUAUCACCUGGCAUCAGGAGCAUGCUCUGCUGUUUGGGUCCUAGUUGGUGUUUUGUUUUUCCUGAAUGUUGUUGUUGCUGCAGUAUGGUACCUUGAUAAAUCCAGACAACUUCAAAGGUGUUUUCCAUCACAUGGUGUUGGGCACAGUGACCCACCAUCUCCCAGGAGUGCAGGAGAUAAUCACAGACAAGAGCAAGAAAAACUGCAGCACGUGAGCGAGGCAUAGGUUUAGACUUUUUUGGCGGCGUGUCCCAACAAAUGAACCAGCUGGUGACAGUGCAGCGCAGCAAGAACACCAUCAGAU